GCGAUUUGGUUCCGUCGGCCAUAGACAUUCGUCGUCGUGACAUGUUCGUUUUAUGCCGCGUUGACGUCGAUUUUCGCAUUCUUGUCCGGACACCGUGCCGUAGGAGGGGUGUCUUAAGAUAGACUUCUCGUCCUCGCUUCAUCACAUCUCGUAUCUUCGAGCCACGAAACAAACGCGCAUGUAAACGUAGAUCUAGACUUGAACGGGAUCCUUUCUCGAUUACUCACGGAGGAGAACAUUGUUCUCCAAGAAAAAAAAAAUAAUUUCUUUUUUUUUAUGUGAAAUUAUAAUCUUCGUGAUCUGAUUCUGCUCAUCCGUGGUGCGUUCUCUAUGAUUGCAUUGAUUAAAGAAAUUGGCACGUGUCGCGUAUUGCUUUAGAAGUGAACUUCAAAGAUUGAUAACAUUAACGAAUGAUUACUUUUGCAUGUAGUAAAAGUGAUGCUUAUAUUUCUGCAAGAACUUAAUAGUGUAUUUACGCGUGUUUAUCAAGAAUAUAUAUUCCAAGGGUGAAGAAGAAUUUCUAUGGAAACGAGAAUGGGAAACACUGACAGUUCUCAUGACGUGGAAAUGAGCUCACUGUCGGCAAUGGAAGACGAUCAUCUUCCCAUUGGGAGAACGCCAAUGCGCCCGAUGAUAGCGGAAUACGAGCCAAAGAAGCAUGGUGUGAAAACAGAACUCUCAGAUGUGAUGCUUGUCAAAUACAAAUGCGAGAAAAAUGACGUGCCCAUUACGGUCACAAAUGGCUCGACCUUGCCACUUGUGGAGCGACCGACCGAUGAAGAAGCCGAUCUUUACAACCCAUUCGAACAUCGCAAACUUGUCCAUCCUACCUCGGACCUCGACACGCUUAUACAUCUGCUCAAGGGAAGCCUGGGCACAGGCAUACUCGCGAUGCCGAUGGCUUUUCGCAAUGCCGGUCUUCUUUUCGGACUUUUUGCCACAUUUUUUAUCGGUGCAGUUUGCACAUACUGCGUUCAUAUAUUGGUUAAAUCCGCCCACGUUCUGUGCAGGCGGUUACAGACACCUAGUCUCGGCUUCGCUGAUGUAGCAGAGGCAGCUUUCCUAGUAGGACCCGAGCCCGUUCAAAAAUACGCCAGACUUGCCAAAGCGACGAUUAAUUCGUUCCUGGUGAUUGAUCUGAUCGGUUGUUGCUGCGUGUACAUUGUCUUCAUCUCAACUAAUGUUAAGGAGGUCAUAGACUAUUACACGGAAACAGACAAGGAUCUACGGUUGUACAUGGCGAUGCUUUUACCGCUGCUCAUUAUUUUCUCUCUUGUGAGAAAUCUUAAAUAUCUCGCGCCAUUCUCAAUGGUAGCGAACAUGUUGAUUGCCACCGGCAUGGGUAUCGCUUUCUAUUACAUUCUUCAGGAUCUACCCACUAUCGGUGAUGUUCCAAAUUUUUCUAGUUGGUCUCAACUACCCAUGUUUUUUGGCACUGCUAUCUUUGCCCUCGAAGGCAUCGGUGUUGUUAUGCCGCUAGAAAAUAAUAUGAAGACACCAUCGCACUUCAUUGGCUGUCCAGGUGUCCUCAAUACUGGCAUGUUUGUCGUCGUAUUGUUAUACAGCACUGUCGGUUUCUUCGGUUAUUGGAAAUAUGGCGAGACCACCAAGGCCUCUAUAACACUUAAUCCCCCGCAGGAUGAGAUAUUAUCACAAUCCGCCAAAUUAAUGAUCGCUGUUGCAAUCUUUCUUACUUACGGACUUCAGUUUUAUGUACCCAUGGAAAUUAUCUGGAAAAAUACAAAACAGUAUUUUGGCUCCCGGCGAUUGUUCGGCGAAUAUCUCCUCCGCAUUUCAUUGGUAAUCUUCACCGUUUUAGUAGCCAUCGCUAUUCCCAAUCUGGGCCCAUUUAUCUCCCUUGUCGGAGCUGUAUGCCUAUCCACAUUGGGUCUCAUGUUUCCAUCGGUGAUCGAUCUGGUGACUGUCUGGGAACAGGAGAACGGUCUCGGCAAAUGGAAUUGGCGGCUGUGGAAGAAUAUCGCUAUCAUUGCCUUCGGUAUUUUGGGCUUCGUUACUGGCACGUAUGUCAGUAUACAAGAGAUUCUGGAAGGCAAUUGAAGCACCAAGUUCGGCGCGAAGAGCGUUUCAACCACUCGUGAAUAUUGCUCGUCGUCUGAUACUAUUUACACGAUGAAUGCGUGCUAGACGUCUUUCGCGUGAACAAGGAACAGUAUCCCUUUCGAGUUUUUACUCUCUUCCUAUAGCGUAAUGACUAUGACAAUAAUAACCAAGAUGACGACAAUGACGACGAAAACAUGAAAAAAGUUUUCACAUGUCCAAACUCAUUUAUCAUUAUCUUAAUAAUAGUCAGGUUCAUAUAUUAUCGAUGUACUCAUAUCGUGUAUGACUGACGAUAUAUAAGAUCAAUCAAGAGAAUUGAAAAAAAUGACCAUAUCACAUACUCUCAAUAAUUAAUAUUAUCGUCAUUCUCGCGCAAAUGUCAUUCAAAAUCAUUAUUAUUUAUAGCAGGAUAAGCGCUAUUGUAUUAGGUUGAUGUAAAAGAUGUAAUAUUUGUCAACUAAAGUUGAAAACAAAAUUACAUAGGUUCCAAAGAAUAAUAAAUUUUAUGAAUUAAAAUAAUUAUAUCAUUGAUGUAAGAAGACAGAGAAGAGUAUUACUAUAUUUUGUAUAUUUUAUCUAUUAUAUAAAGAAACUGUCCAAUUUUCCUUUUUAAACUUCUUAAAAAGAAUCCGGAUUACUAUUUUUAUUUCAAAUACUUAUUAUUAGUAAUAAAACGACAAAUCUUUAGCGCCAACUUAAUACUUAUAGCCAUGAUUUUUUAGGAACAGAAUUUUUAAACUAAUUGUUGUGUAUUUGACGAAUUUUUAUAUUAUUAUAACGAUGUAUAGUAUAGCAGAAUUAAACCUAAAUAUUUAUCGUAGUUCUGGUCUCCAAAAGAGAGUCCCAAUUUGAUCGUUAAUUAUAAAUGCAUGUUUACAUUUUUUUUGUACUAUUCUUCAUUUUAUUUAAUCAUGUCAUAUCAGUUAUAUGAGCGCCUUUUUUUUGCAGACGUUAGAACUGCGGGACGGUUUUCUAGAAUAAUGUUUUCUAGAAUUCUGAAAUUAGAAAUUUAAAUUUCCAUUAUGAUUGAAAUGAGUAUUCCACUACUGCAUUGUUUAUUAUUUUUAUCGUAUUAUAUAUCAAUAGUAUAUUAAGCGAAGAGUCAAUUUCCUAGUCUUCUACAAAGUUGAUUCGACAAUCUUGAUAUUUUCUAUCUGCUUCUGUCAUAAAAGUUCAUUGCGACACGUAAAUAUAUGUAUAUCUAACAAUAAGACCUCCGCUGAGGAAUCGAUUUGUAAAAUACUGCGUUUUGCGACAGAAUGUCGAUUAAGUAUCACAUCGAUUUUCUUCAGAUAUUAUGUAUUAGUAUUUGAUUUUAAGAAAAAUCGAUCAUAUUCCCUUAAAUACAAAAAUUUAUUUGUAAAAAAAUUAAAAUCGCUUAUUUUCUUAAAAAGAAAAUCAAAUUUUUAUUUACAUUUUGGUUAUUGCUGCUGAAAUCAAUCUAUUGUACAUAUAUAUUAAAUUAUUAAAAAUUAUAUAUUUUCAACUCUAAAAUAAAACAAAAAAUACUUUUUUCACACACAUAUGUACGUGCGCACAUACACAUUUUUCAAAUUUGAAAUCAAUUUUUGAAAUAUUAUUGAAAACCAAUUUUCUUUCAAACAAAACUUGUAUAAAAAUAUCUUAUUUUAUUUUUAAUAUAAAAAAUGGUAUUAUUUGUUUCUUUAAUAAGUUAAGUAUUUUUCUAGUAAUGCUUAUUAGCAACUAAUUCCAGAAAUUAUGAUCAGAAGAACUGGUUUCUUCGGAUGUAAUGAUUGAUCGGCGUGAUUCUGCUGCAAAUCGCUGCUCUGUUCCUAGUGCAUGAUAUGCACAAAAUCGUACAAAAAAAAUUAUCCAUAAGAUUAAUCCAUAAAAAUAAUAAGUAGAAAAGUAUAAGUGUAGUAAUUUGAUGCAUGCUUGCUAGUGUGUAAGUAAGAUCGCGAAACAUUGUCGCGCGCGCUUUCGUCAGGAUAAUGAUGUUAAUCAAUUUUAUUGUUAUGGGAACAGAGAAGAAGUUCUAAGAGACAUGAUUAAUUCUUCGCAUAUUAAUUUUCGGAAGUAAAAGACGAAUAUUCAGAUGUGCUUAUUGUUUAUUAUUUAUUGGCAAAAAGAAAAAUAACAAAACGCGCAAAUUUAUCAAAAAUGCCAGAAAUAAGAAGUUAAAAUACUAAAA